UGUGAAGACCUUUGCAAAGUUUGGAAAGAGUUUGCCUCCGACAACAAGAAGGCGAAGGUCUCCUCCCUUCUGCCACUCGCCCGUUCUCUCUGCUUCCUCUGCACGUCCCUCGCAGGCCCGUUGAACAUGGAGGGCCGGCGGGCUACACGCAGGACUUUAUCCCCUGAGGGUGUAGCUGCUCUGCUAGUCCUGUGGCUCUUAGCGUCCCCCGUCCUGUGCAGUGGACAGACAUUCACUACCUUCCACCCUGAACGCCGGGAGUGGAUCUUCAACCACUUGACGGUCCACCAAAGCACAGGGGCGUUGUAUAUCGGAGCGGUCAACCGUGUGUACAAGCUCUCAGGCAACCUGACCCUCCUGGUGUCCCAUGAUACAGGCCCAGAGGACGACAACAAGGCCUGCUACCCCCCGCUCAUCGUUCAGCCGUGUUCUGAGCCCCUCGUCGCGACCAACAACGUCAACAAGCUCCUCCUCGUUGAUUAUUCUCAGAAUCGGCUGCUGGCCUGCGGCAGCCUCUACCAGGGCGUCUGUAAACUCCUCCGAUUGGACGACCUCUUCAUCCUAGUGGAGCCGUCUCAUAAGAAAGAGCACUACCUCUCCAGUGUCAACCAGACUGGGACCAUGUAUGGAGUCAUCGUGUCGUCACAGGGCCAGGAUGGGACCCUGUUCAUCGGCACAGCAGUAGAUGGGAAACAGGACUAUUUCCCCACCAUCUCCAGUCGGAAGCUGCCCCGUGACCCAGAAUCCUCAGCCAUGCUUGACUAUGAAUUGCACACCGACUUUGUGUCGUCCCUCAUCAAGAUACCGUCUGACACGCUGGCCCUGGUCGCCCACUUUGAUAUUUACUAUGUUUACGGCUUUGCCAGUGGCAGCUUUGUUUACUUCCUGACUGUCCAGCCCGAGACCCCAGAGAACAGCAUGUCCUCGAGCGGCUCCACCAACGACCUCUUCUACACCUCUCGCAUCGUCCGCCUCUGCAAAGACGACCGCAAGUUCCACUCCUACGUCUCCCUCCCCAUCGGCUGCGUGAAGAACGGCAUCGAGUACCGGCUCCUGCAGGCCGCCUACCUCGGCAAGCCGGGGCGCGUCCUGGCCGCCUCGCUCGGCAUCGGCGCCCAGGAUGAUGUGCUCUUCACCAUCUUCUCCAAGGGCCAGAAGCAGUUCCAUCACCCGCCAGAUGACUCGGCACUCUGCGUCUUCAGCAUCCGGGACAUUAACGCUCGGAUCAAGGAGCGCCUGCAGUCCUGCUACCAGGGAGAAGGAAACCUGGAGCUCAACUGGCUGCUGGGGAAGGACGUGCAGUGCACCAAGGCGCCUGUUCCCAUCGACGACUCUUUCUGCGGCCUGGACAUCAACCAGCCACUGGGAGGUUCCCAGCUGGUCACUGGUCACACUCUCUACACCGAGACCCGCGACCGCAUGACUUCCGUCACCUCCUACGUCUACAACGGCUACUGCGUGGCCUUUGUGGGCACCAAGAGUGGACGGCUAAAGAAGAUUCGAGUGGACGGGCCUCCUCACGGCGGCGUCCAGUACGAGACGAUAUCGGUCAUCAAGGACGGCGGCCCGAUCCUGAGAGACAUGGCCUUCUCCCUGGACCGCAACUACCUCUACGUCAUGUCCGAGAGACAGGUGACUCAAGUUCCCAUCGAGUCGUGUGAGCAGUACGGGACCUGUGGAGAGUGUCUGAGCUCCGGGGACCCACACUGCGGCUGGUGUGUCCUGCACAACAUCUGCUCUCAGAGGAACCGGUGUGAACGUGCAGAUGAGCCGUAUCGCUUCGCCGCCGCUCUCAACCAGUGUGUGAAGGCCACGGUGUUCCCGGACAGCAUCGCCGUGUCAGAACCCAGCGUACAUCUGCUGGUGAAGGUGAGCGAUGUCCCCGACCUCUCCGCCGGCAUCACCUGCUCCUUCGGCAACCUGACGGAGGUGGAGGGCCAGGUCAACGGCAACCAGAUCCUCUGCGUGUCUCCUGCUGCCAAGGACGUCCCCGUCAUCCCCAUCAACCAAGAUUGGUCGGGCGUCGAGCUGAGGCUGAAUUCUAAAGAGACCGGUCAGAUGCUCAUCAGCACCGAGGUCAAGUUCUACAACUGCAGCGUCCACCAGCUGUGCCUGUCAUGUGUGAACAGCGCCUUCCGCUGCCACUGGUGCAAGUACCGCAACUUGUGCACCCACGACCCCUCCAGCUGUUCCUUCCAGGAGGGCCGGGUCAACGCCUCAGAGGACUGUCCCCAGCUGGUGCGCUCGGAGGAGAUCCUGAUCCCGGUGGGGGAGGUGAAGCCCAUCACCCUGAAGGCCAGGAACCUGCCUCAGCCGCAGUCCGGCCAGCGAGGCUACGAGUGCGUCCUCCACAUCCAGGGGGUCAGCCACCGGGUCACCGCCCUCCGCUUCAACAGCUCCAGCGUGCAGUGCCAGAACAGCUCGUAUCUGUAUGAGGGAAUGAAAAUCAGUGAGCUGCCGGUGGAUUUCUCAGUGGUGUGGAACGGCAACUUCAUUAUUGAUAACCCGGAGAACAUCCAAGUGCACCUCUACAAGUGCGCGGCCCAGCGGGACAGCUGUGGCGUGUGUCUGAAGGCGCAGAGGAAGUUCCAGUGUGGCUGGUGCAGCGGGGAGGGGAAGUGCACCCUGCGGCACCACUGCCCCCCCAUCAACCCGUACACCACCCGCUGGCUCAACCUGUCCACCAAGAACGUCAAGUGCACCAACCCACGCAUCACCGAGGUGACCCCAGUGGCCGGCCCCCCCGAGGGAGGCACGCGGGUGACCAUCCACGGCACCAACCUGGGUUUGGCCUUCUCGGACAUGGUGGGCAACGUGGAGGUGGCGGGGGUGAGGUGCACCCCCCUGGAGGAGGGCUACAUCAUCGCCGAACAGAUUGUGUGUGAGAUGGACGUGGCCCCCCCGGACAGUCGCCCUGGUCCGGUCCAGUUGUGCGUCGGAGAGUGUCGACCCGAGCUCCGGGCUCGCUCCUCACAGCUCUUCUCCUUUGUGACUCCCACCGUCACAGGUCUCUCCCCCAGCCGGGGUCCAGAGUCCGGAGGCACCAAAGUGACCGUGAUGGGAGAGAACCUGGGCGCCGGCAGCAGCGUCAACGUGCAGUUCGGAAACCAGACCUGCGAGUUCUUCGGACGGACCAUGUCGGAGAUAGUUUGCUACUCAGCCCCUUCGCUGUCCGGCGUGGGCCCGGUGCAGAUCAGCGUGGGCGUGGACCAUGCUCAGAUCAGAGAGAGCCUCACCUUCGAGUACAUAGAAGACCCGACGGUGCAGCGCAUGGAACCCGACUGGAGCAUCAUGAGCGGCAACACCCCUCUCAUGGUCACAGGAACCAAUCUGGACGUGGUGCAGGAGCCCAGGAUCCGAGUCAAACACUCCGGCCGGGAGUCUGUGAACGUGUGUAAGGUAUUGAACGCCACGAGCAUGAGCUGCCUGGCCCCGUCCCUGACCACAGACCACCUCCCGGGUCUGGAGACGGUGAAGCACGCCGACGAGUUCGGCUUCAUCUUCAACAACGUCCAGGCGCUGCUGGUGUACAACAACACCAACCUCCUCUACUACCCCAACCCCUACUUCGAGCCGCUCAGCUCCUCGGGAGUCUUGGAUCAGAAACCCGGCUCCCCUAUCAUUCUCAAGGGCAGAAACCUGGUUCCCCAAGCACCGGGAGGGGUGAAGCUCAACUACACGGUGCUGAUUGGAGAGACUCCCUGCUCGGUCACCGUGUCUGAGAGCCAGCUGCUGUGUGAGCCGCCCAACCUCACCGGGCAAUACAAAGUCAUGGUUCAAGUAGGUGGUCUCCACGUUUCCCCCGGCGCGGUCAACAUCAUGUCCGACAGCCUGCUCACCCUCCCGGCCAUCGUCAGCAUCGCCGCCGGCGGAGGCCUCCUCCUCAUCAUCGUCAUCCUCGUCCUCAUCGCCUACAAGCGGAAGUCGCGUGAGAACGACCUCACCCUGAAGCGCCUGCAGAUGCAGAUGGACAACCUGGAGUCUCGGGUCGCUCUGGAGUGCAAAGAAGCUUUCGCCGAGUUGCAGACGGACAUCAACGAGCUGACCAGCGACCUGGACCGAGCUGGAAUCCCCCAUCUGGACUACAGGACGUACGCCAUGAGGGUCCUCUUCCCCGGCAUCGAGGAUCAUCCCGUCCUCAGAGAACUGGAGGUGUCGGGUAACGGCCAGCAGAACGUGGAGAAGGCCUUGAAGCUGUUCGGCCAGCUCAUCAACAACAAGCUGUUCCUGCUCACCUUCAUCCGCACGCUGGAAAUGCAGCGUUCCUUUUCCAUGAGGGACCGAGGCAACGUGGCCUCCCUCAUCAUGACGGCCCUGCAGGGGCGGCUGGAGUACGCCACCGACGUCCUGAAGCACCUGCUGUCGGACCUCAUCGACCGCAACCUGGAGAGCAAGAACCACCCCAAGCUGCUGCUGCGGAGCCGCGGGGGAAACACCACAGGGCACACGAUAACGCGUGUGUGGCCGCUCUACGUUAUCACUCACUCUGCGGCAGAUCUGAGGUCUGCUAUUGAUCACGGAUCUAAAGUUCCCCCCAUGCAGAACGGAAAGGCCCAGCACUGCAGCUUCAGAGGAGGAGAUGGUGGCAGGCUGCAGGGCAACAUGCAGAAGAGAGAGGAAAGGAAAGAGAGAGACAGCGUGGUGGAACAGGGCAGUGAUGGGAUGAAACGACGAAGACACUUGUGCAUCAUUACUGUUUUGAUGAGCUGGCAGUGGCCCCACCGAGUGUCGGACCGCUGCGUUGUGGCUCUGGUGCCGAAACAGACCUCGUCAUACAACAUCCCCACCUCGGCCAGCAUAUCACGCAGCUCCAUCAGCAGAUACGACUCGUCGUUCCGCUACACGGGGAGUCCCGACAGCCUGCGGUCGCGUGCCCCCAUGAUCACCCCCGACCUGGAGAGCGGUGUGAAGGUGUGGCAUCUGGUGAAGAACCACGAACACGGGGACCAGAAGGAAGGAGACCGCGGCAGCAAGAUGGUCUCUGAGAUUUAUCUGACCAGGCUGCUGGCGACCAAGGGUACACUACAAAAAUUUGUGGACGACCUAUUCGAGACGUUAUUCAGCACGGUCCACAGGGGGAGCUCUCUCCCCUUGGCCAUCAAAUACAUGUUUGACUUCCUGGACGAGCAGGCGGACAAACACGCCAUUCACGACACAGACGUCCGUCACACGUGGAAAAGCAACUGCCUCCCGUUGCGUUUCUGGGUGAACGUGAUCAAGAACCCGCAGUUUGUGUUUGACAUCCACAAGAGCAGCAUCACGGACGCCUGUCUGUCCGUCGUGGCUCAGACCUUCAUGGACUCCUGCUCCACGUCGGAGCACCGCCUCGGCAAAGACUCUCCAUCCAAUAAGCUGCUCUACGCUAAAGACAUCCCCAAUUACAAGAGCUGGGUAGAGAGGUACUACGCCGACAUCAACCGGCUGCCGUCCAUCAGCGACCAGGACAUGAACGCGUAUUUGGCCGAGCAGGCCCGACUCCACUCGACUGAGUUCAACAUGAUCAGCGCCCUCAACGAGAUCUACUCCUACAUCAGCAAGUACAGCGAGGAGAUCAUGGCCGCUCUGGAGCAGGACGAGCAGGCGAGGAAACAGCGGCUCGGCUACAAGGUUGAGCAGCUCAUCUCUGCCAUGUCCCUCGAGAGCUGAGAGCGACCCCUGCUGACGAGCAGAGGGAACGAGGAAGAGCGGACCACAGCCUCCACUGGACCUUCCACAAUGGUCCCACAUUACUUACCUCUCGUCGUGGGGGGGGGGGGGGAGGCCUCAACCACGAGCCGGACCUGGGACCUCUUGUAUUCACGGCCCCCCCGACAGACACACAACUGCAUUCAUUUGUUACACUCCCUCUUUGACCUUCAUGAGCUAAGGGCCCACAGACUGAGACAGAGGCCCCUGCAGCCCGGGCCCAAAGUGGCACAAGGGGAAGGAACAUCAGCAGAGAAGACAACAACAUGGCUUGUGUUUAUUUUGUUUCGUUUGCUUUAAGUUUUCGCAAAGAAAAUGUUCUCUCAGUUUAACAGGAAAGUGGGUGCAUGUGUGUGUGUGUGUGUGUGUGUGUGUGUGCACUGAGGAAGACUCCUGCAAAGACUGAGAGAGCCAAUGGACAAACAGAUUUAUUCUCUACUGAGACACAAACUCUCAUCCGAGUGUGAAAUGGAGACAAAUAAAAAAAGAAGCAGCGAGAAGCACAGGAGCAAACCUCACGUUGGACAGCGCUGCUCAAAUUUCUCCAAUUUUUAUUUUUGUACUUGUACAUGUGAAUAUUAUCAGUUGCAGUUGAAAUCCCCCCCCCCCCUAGGAUGCUGUUGUACAGAGACAUGGACAGAGUGACGCUGCUGCAUCGGGGGGGGGCGUGGUCGUUAUACAGGCCAUGAUCCAUGUCUCCUCUCCCUCCCUGCCUCCCCGGACUUGAUGCUUCAAAACGUCUCUGCUCUCUAUCCAAUCAGAAGUGUACAGGAACCUCUGAGCACACGCCUCAUCAUCGAACAGUCAGAUGAACUCAGCUGGUGGUGGUCGCGGCUCAGCCAGCAUGCUCCCACCUAGACUGAGGAUGAGGAUGGAUGAGGUCCACAGUGUAUUCAGGAGAUGACCUUUGACUCAGCAUCACCCAAGGCUUCCUCCAGCGGUUAGCUCCUCUGUGUGUGUACCGGUCGAUAACUUGCCAAUCAGUGUCUGUGAAUGUACAAAAUGUUUUUUAUUUGUUUUCGUUGAGUGUACGUCUAUUUUGAGUUUUAUCAAAAACACAAAGGGACUCAGUUGAACUGAGCUCCGGAGAUAUUUACAGCAUCAAGUGUCGACCGUCCUGACCCCAAACCGUCCGGCUCGGUCAUCAUCCUGUGUUCUGCCAGAGGAGAGUGGUUACUACAAACCAGUGACUGUGUGUGAAGAUGGACGACAGGUCUUCACCGUCUGGAUAAAACACUGGAUGAACACCCCCAACGUGAAGAAACAUUAAUCUAAUGUGUUCUUUGACUUUUUAGUUUGGUCCGUGUCCCAUCUGCUAACAUGGAGGAGGUGGGAUUUAAGACCUAUACUUCAGCCAGCCACCAGGGGGUGAUCCUGUUUCGUGUCGUCCAUCUUCACAGCAUUUAGAGCCUAUUAGAUACCAGACCAGACCCUUUGGUAAAACUCUGUUUGUAUCUGUGGGAACUUUCUGUUUCCUCUGCAUGCGAUCGCACAUCACAAAGUCUUUAAGGGUCCAUCUUGGAUUUGAUCAAGUGCUAACGAGUCCGGCCAGUUCUUGUUGGCCAGUUGAGACGGCAGCUGAUGGGAGAUCUUACCCGACCACCGUCCACGUCUUCGCACAGACAAUAAAAAGCCUAAAGCCGCGUGAGUGGGUCGACUUUGACCGAGUGCCAAAAGAUCCUGUCCUUUCCGAUUCUUCGCUAAUGUGUCAAAAAUCGGUUUAUGCUUUACAGAGGGAGCCAAGCUCUCGUGUUUUGGAGUGUGGAGCCGGUUGAGGUUGAAGCGCGUGUGACUGGAACUAAAAAAAGUCAAGAAAGGUACGAAGCCUGAGCUGGAGAAACAAGAGGAGGAACACAAGACGGAGUGUGUUUCAUGUUUUGUGGAAUGCGUCUUCAGACUUAAACCAAACAGUCAUCAGCUAAAAGGCCGAUGUAACCUUCCAACCUUCUAGCUGGACGACGACAAACUGUAGAUUUUCCGUCCUCUGGGUUUAAUUUUCCUCUCAGAUAUAUAUAUAUAUAUAUUUGCUUGUUGUUUACAUCAAGUACUUGAACAUUGGUAGUACUAACGGUUUGUACAGUGCAGUACUGCAAGUGUGUGUGUGUGUGUGUGUGUGUGUGCUGAGAGUGUGAAAAAAACACCAUGGGCGGGUGAAAGGUGCUUCUUUUUCUCUGUGGCCUUAGAUUCCCACCUGCAUGCUCACGAUCUUAUUAGUCCUCGACUGCAGCUCGUUUUUCUCAGUGCUUCUCGGAGCCCAGCGUGUUUUUUUGUUAUGGGGGGGGUGGGGGGUGAUACCUGGCCCAGGCGCUCGGCUGCCAGAUAAAGUCAGAGGAAAGGUGAAGAGGGUACAGGCCCGGCUCAGGCAGACAUCACCUGGCUCGAAGCUCAGUUUGCCUUCGCUGUUUGAAGAGAAGUCUCGAGAAGCGAGGGAGAGAGAGGAAGGUAGAGAGCGAGAGAGAGAGAGAGAGAGAGCGAGAGAGAACCCCUUUAGCUCUAGCUUCCUGCUCCGGCUUUGAAGCUGCUCUUUGAUGUGAGUCAGUUGUGAGCACAGUGUGAUCAGGAGAUGGGGGGUGGGGGGGGGGGAAGAAGAAAGAUCAAAACUCGCAGCCAAGGAGAAAUGUAAGAUGUGGUGAUGAUUGACGCGCUGUUACUGAGUCUGGCCAGUGGGGGGCAGUAGUGGGUAAGAGUAGCCGUGUUUUGCUCCUUCGCUCCCUGACCCCCAACAUGUAGGUACACACACAAAGCUUCUUCCUUUUGAUUGAGGUGUCUUCCCAAUUUCAGCGAAUAGAAUUGUAUCCUCCUCAUACCUCACAUUGCUUGAAUGGAGUAAUGCUUUUUUUUUGUUUUUAUCAUUUUAACAGGACGUAAAUGCCUUUUCCUUUUUCCCAGGGGAUGAACUGUAGGUGUGUUAAAGCCCCUCCAACACUUCACAUCAGUGUGUUUGAUUUUUCCCUCAAAGAUCAUUUAUAUAUCAUCGCCUCCUCUCGUCUCGUGUGCGAUGUUUUUGCAUGUGUUAGAUUUCAUGCUUCAGUUCUGUGUGGUUUUAUUCCACGUCGAGCCGCCGAACUGCGAUUCUUCCCCCGAAAGCCCAUUUGUACGAGUCUUACAUCACACCUGAAUGCACCUUUUCUUUUGUGAAAGAGAUUUUUUUUGCGGGGGGGGUUUGUUUUUGUUGCUUAUUGCUUGUUUUCCAUGCUUGAUUCUGGGAACCUUUUCAAUUCAGUUUGAAGUGAGAAGAAGGAAGCAUGUUUACUCUUUCUGCAGCGCAGGAGGAAGUGAGUGACACGGAGAGACGCUCAUGAACACGACCUCAUUCCAGCUCCAGCUGCAAACUGAAGAUGCUACGUGCACUUUUUAUUUGUUCUGCUCUCGGUGUAAUGUGUCAUCAUCCCUAUAGAAGACAAAGCUUUUUUUUUAUUGUUUGUUUCAUGGCGUCAGACUGAGGAACUGAAAUCCAGAUCAAUGUAAUAAUCUCAAUUAUCACCAAGUAUAAAAUGAGUAUCCUUCCAUUUUAAACACGUUGUAAACAAACCCUUUUUAGACACUGGAGUUCUGUAAAAUAGUUAUUACUGGCAAUGAUGAUGAUGACGAUGAUGAUGAUGAUGAUGAUGAUAAUAAUAAUGGCUGUCUGUUCUUCUUGUUUUAUAAAAAGUGUUGUGAAAAAUUGUAAGAAACUUAAAGUAUUUAAAAAAGUUUGUUCUCUUGUUUUUUAUUUGCUUUGGUUUUGUUAUGAUAAUAUAUUAUUGUGUACCUAUUGUAAAUAUGAAGCACACCUAUUUUGCAAGCCAAGGAUUCACUUUGUACUGUUGUUAUAUAUAAAUAAACUUUGCUGGUUAAAAAUUGCAUAGA